GAAGGCAUGUGUGAUGUUAAAAAAGUGACUGGUGGAUAAACAACAACCAAACCGCUUUCGCUUUAUUAGUUACCCAUCUGCCAUUGAAUGCUACCAAGUAUUACCUAUUAUUUCAACCUAAAGUUAGUUUGCACAAGUGCUUACAGGGCACUCGGUCGAAGAAAAUUUACGUUUUAUUGCCAUUGUCGUGUUGUGCUAAAACGCUUACUCGGUACCCACGUGCACAUAAAAAGCUAAAAACACAAAAUGUUCAUGGAAACAAAAAUCUCUGUUUUCGUAAGCUUACUCAUUAGCUUACUUAUUAGUGUGUUAAUUCUUAAAGAAGUAGUUUGUGAGUGGUCGCCAGAAACAAUUGACUUACCCCAUUCCCAUCUCACACGAUUCCUUAAUGUGUUAACAGAUGAAGCACAAAAGUGCCACAACAGUAAUAGUUGCAUUUAUAAAAAUGUACUAGACACAGGUUUAUGCUGGGGAUACGAAACAAAUUGUCCCCAGCAUUUAGGCUAUUCAAAUGCACAUUGCCCAGGAGACCAUAAAGGGUGGGUUAGUUCAAAACACCAACAGUUGCAGACAUUUAUCAACCAAGCAGAUUUUGGAUUUGUUAAACAACAAAUCUUAUCGAAAACAACAAUGUGUGAGCCUACAGCUGAUGGGGAAUCUCUUUUGGAGUGUUCCAACUACCUCCAAUUCUGUAGGGGUAAAUACUUGUAUCUCGAUUUUCGGGAUUUGCCCGCAAGGAAAGAAUCAUUUAGGUAUAAGAUGGACGUACUCAAGAAAGGACAGAUUGGAGGAAAAUGCAAGUUGGAUAAAUUUCACCUACACUCUGAAGCCACACAUCAAAGUCCAUUGCAAUCUUGGGCUCCAGAGAUCCAACAUUUUGAAGAACUUUCAGAUAUGGUAAACGAAGAGUCACAAAUCUGUGACGUCUUCAUAGAUAAACCAACUUUCAUUAUGAAAAUUGACGCAGCUGUAAACAUGUAUCAUCACUUUUGUGAUUUCUUCAAUUUGUACACUUCGCUGCACGUGAAUGGAACGAAUAAGCGAAUGUUUUCACGAGAUGUCAACAUUCUUAUAUGGGAAACGUACAGUUAUCACUCAAAUUUCGGUAUUACGUGGUCGGCCUUUACAAAAAAUCCUCUAUGGAAUCUCAGAACAUUUCAAGGAAAACGCGUUUGUUUUCGUGAAGUAAUUUUCCCUCUUUUACCACGGAUGAUCUUUGGACUUUAUUACAACACUCCAGUCGUCUGGGGCUGUCAAGAAUCAGGAUUAUUUCAUGCAUUUUCAAAAUUCAUUCUGCAUCGUUUGAAAAUUCCUCAACGGACCGCCAUUGAUCAGGUUACAAAACCUACAAUCAAAAUCUUACUACUCUCACGAAAUACCCAGUAUAGAAGAAUUCUCAACGAGCAAGCGCUCCUCGAUGCUCUAAGAUCGAGUCCCCGGCAAUACUCCGUUAAAAGAGUUGAAUUUACUCAUGAAACCGAUUUUCGCCAUCAGUUGCGAGUAAUCCAGGAGACAGAUAUCUUUAUUGGAAUGCAUGGGGCUGGCCUCACCCAUUUAUUGUUUCUCCCCGAUUGGGCCGCAGUGUUUGAGUUGUACAACUGCGGAGACGAGCACUGUUACGCUGAUCUCGCUCGUCUUCGUGGUGUUCACUACCAGACAUGGACGGACCCCACAAAACUAAAGCCGCAAGACGAAGGCCAUCAUCCAUCCGACGGUGGACCUCAUGCUAAAUUCACAAAUUAUUCCUUUGAUACGGAAGAAUUUAUUCGCAUAGUGGAUUUAGCCGCAGAUCACGUUGCUAACCAUCCUGCGUAUCGUCAUAUGCUUAGUCAUAUACGCGAAUCAACUACCGACAGAAACAAGGAGGACCCUGAAAAAGCCAGUGCUCAGUUUCAAGAUUUAGGUGCUGCAUAUGAGACAUUAUCAGAUCCUGAAAAGAGGGAACUUUAUGAUCGGUGUGGUGAAGAAUGUGUGUCAAAGGAGGGUGCUGGUGGAGGAGGAAUGGACCCAUUUGCCAGCUUCUUUGGAGAUUUUGGUUUUGGGUUUGGUGGUAAUGGUAACCAAGGGCAAAGGGAAGUAGCCAAAGGAGCAGACAUUGUUAUGGAUCUUUUUGUCACACUUGAAGAACUUUAUUCUGGGAACUUUGUUGAGAUAACACACAACAAACCUGUUCUAAAACCAGCCAAAGGUACACGCAAGUGCAACUGUAGGCAGGAGAUGGUGACACGUCAAUUGGGGCCUGGAAGGUUCCAAAUGACUCAACAAGCUGUCUGUGAUGAGUGCCCCAAUGUGAAGCUUGUCAACGAAGAAAGAGUUCUUGAAGUGGAAAUCGAACAGGGAAUGACGGAUGGCUCAGAGCAGAGAUUCACAGCUGAAGGCGAACCACACACGGACGGAGAACCCGGUGACCUUCGCCUGCGAAUCCAGACCUCUCCACAUUCCGUUUUUGAACGACGUGGCGAUGACCUGUAUACAAACGUAACGAUCUCUUUAGCUGAUGCCCUAGCCGGAUUUGAAUUAGAUAUUGAACACCUUGAUGGCCAUAAAGUACAUAUCGUCCGCGACAAAGUGACCUGGCCUGGAGCACGUAUUCGCAAGAAGGGUGAGGGAAUGCCCAAUUACGAAAACAACAAUCUUUUCGGCAUGCUCUACGUGACAUUUGACGUUCAGUUCCCUAAAGAAGAACUCUCCACAGAAGUUAAAGAAAAGCUUCGACAGCUACUGUCUCAAGAUUCGAUCAACAAAGUGUACAACGGUUUAAGAGGGUUUUAAAGUUCUUCUAUGCUUUUCGUGCAUGUAAAUUUUUAAGAAGUAAUUUUUUUUUUAUUGAAAACAUGGUUAUGUCCUGCGAUCGAGUA